AUGAAGCGCCUGCUCAACAUCGGGUUCGAGAGGGAGCUCAAGAAGGCCAUCAAGCUCGUUGACGAGCUGGCGGUAGCGAUCUUCCUCCUCGCCGGGCGCGACACGGUGUCCUCCGCGCUCUUUAUGCUCCUGUCCAAGAACCCCGACGUGGCAGCGGCCAUUCGCGCGGAGGCCGGCCACGACUCGACGCCGGUCACCUACGAGCACCUGCACUACACCCACGCGGUACUGUACGAGAACAUGCGCCUGUUCCCGCCCGUGCAGUUCGACUCCAAGUUCUGCACCGCCGCCGACGUGCUCCCCGACGGCACCUACGUGUCCGGCGGCGCGCGCGUGAUGUACCACCCCUACGCCAUGGGCCGCACGCCGCGCUUGUGGGGAGCCGACCACGAGGCACAGGCUGACGAAGAUGAUGUGCCGACGCAGACGAAAGGCACCUAA